AACCACUUACGCCGUAAAUGGUUGCUGGGCUUUUCUGGCCAGGCACAUGGUAACAUUGUCUUUCUCUUGUCUCCUCCCUGAGGCUCCAGUAGCCGCAGCGCAGCAAUGAUCGAUAUCCUUGUGCAGUGCGUGCCGUCCCCGAAAACAUGAAGUUCUGUGAGGUCUGUGUCGUCAGUGCCCCAGUGCGUCUCAAGGAUACGCUUGGGACAUCACAUUUCGAGAGUUAUGUGGGUCCCCUUGGUGCUCGUAUCGGCGCUACACGGUCGAGUCGUGUCCAUUCUGGGUGGACUUAUCUCAUUUGCCUGCCUCGAACUUUCUGUAUCUUCGAACCCCUGCAGUCGGGACCUGGCGGAGAAGCUGGCCACGGCUACUAUUGACACUUACACCGACAUCGUCCAGGACAUGCUGGACGCCCACCCGGCAGACUCCGUGACGGAGCACGAGAGGGAGCUGCAGCUCGCCUACCACACCGCCUACUUCUACCAGGUGCUCUUCCUGGAUUGCGGGACCACCGCCGGCCUGCUCACGCACGCUGAGAACGACGUCGG